AUAAUACUUGUAAACACCCUUACUAAUUCUAUUGUUUAAUUGGUAGGGAGAGGUCAAAUCCUUCGUCUGUUUCACCGUGAUGCCUUUAUGGACAAUUUGAACCACCCGUUUCGUUUUCCCAAAAAUUAAGUUUUGCUUUUGGAACAGCCCAUCUAUUUUGUGCCACUGGUCCUGCAAUUUCCAUUUUGAACUCGCAGGGACGCUAUUGUCCAUGAUGUGCCUUAUAUACCCGAGGUGCGUCCUUUCUUAUGCGCAGCUAACAGGAAAAAAAAAGACAAACCAGACGACAGGCAGUCGGGACUGGAACAUAUAUUUCGCUGGGACUAUUUUGUGAAUUUUUGGAGGAAUUCUGCACUUCUUUUGUCAUUACUGGGACAUAUUGUCUUUUGGGUUUGAUUUAUGCUGCCCAGUUGUGUAUUUCUCUGUUUUGACCGUGAAGGCAAGGAGAACAAUGAGACGGCAAGUAACGUUUUUCACCUCGUUGCUGUUCAUCAGCGCCUCAUUCGGGCAAAUUAACUAUUCCAUUGAUGAGGAAAUGCGCGUCGGUUCCUUAGUGGGAAAUAUAGCCGAGGAUUUGGGUAUCGGCGUGGAAAGACUGAAGUCACGCAGCGCUCGUGUUUAUUUUGGUGAUAGCAAGCAAUACAUCGAGCUGAAUAAAGACAGGGGCGUCCUCCUCAUCAAGGAGCGUAUAGACAGAGAGGCGCUUUGUGCACAGUCCGUGCCCUGUGCGCUGCACUUCCAGAUUAUUCUCGAGAACCCCAUCGAGUUUUACAAAAUAAUCGUGGAAAUUGUCGACAUCAAUGACAACGCCCCCGCCUUUGAGAAGGGUGACAUCAAAUUCAAAAUUAGCGAAUCUGCAGUGAUAGGAUCAAAAUUCGAUUUAGAGCGGGCGGUGGAUCUUGAUGUUGGAAUUAAUGGUCUCCAAACGUACCUUCUCCUACCUUCUGAUAAUUUUGCUUUAAAAUUUCACAAUCAAGCUGACGGUUCCAGGAGUGUGGAAAUGGUUUUGAAGCAGGCUCUAGAUAGAGAGAAAAGGGAACAUUUGCCUCUCGUGUUGACGGCUGUAGAUGGAGGAGAGCCGCAGAUGUCGGGCACAAUGCAGAUUCUCGUUACAGUAUUGGACGCCAAUGAUAAUGCACCCGUUUUCACAAAGCCUGAAUACCAAGCUACAGUUGCAGAAAAUACACCUAAAGGCAAGGUGGUGACUGUUGUUAGUGCAUCAGAUGCUGAUCACGGAGCCUAUGGUAAAAUAACUUAUUCAAUCAGAAAUACAAUGGAUGAUUCGACGAGACGUUUGUUCAGUAUAAAUGAAAGCAGCGGUGAAGUUACUCUUAUUGGAAAUGUAGACUACGAAAAAGCUCGUACUUAUCAAAUUAAUGUGCGUGCAAGUGACGACGGGGGACUGACAGACAGCUGCAAAGUCAUAGUUGACAUUGUGGACGUGAAUGAUAACAGCCCGGUGAUCAACGUCAUGUCCAAGACAAAUGUCUUAUCUGAAGAUGUCAAAAGUGAAACUGUCGUAACAAUAAUUAACAUUCAUGACCAAGACGAUGGUGAAAACGGCAAUGUGGAAUGCACAAUAAAUUCGAAUAUUCCCUUCCUUCUCAAGUCGACUGAUAGUAAUUUCUAUAGUUUGGUGACAGACGGUGAUUUAGACAGAGAGCGGACGUCUGAGUAUAAUAUCACAGUGACAUGCUCUGAUGAGGGCGUGCCCUCCCUCUCCAGCAACGUUACUCUCACUUUAUUCAUCUCAGAUGUGAAUGACAACGCGCCUGUCUUUGAGAGGAGCUCAUAUGAGGCCUACAUUGUAGAAAAUAACACACCAGGUGUUUCCAUUUUCACACUGAAAGCCAGUGAUGCUGACUGGAACCAGAAUGCUCGUCUUUCGUACAUCCUGGAGGACUCCUCAGUUAACGGAGUGCCAGUCUCCUCAUAUGUGUCAGUUAGUGCUGAUAGUGGAGUCAUCCAUGCAGUACGUUCUUUUGACUAUGAGCAACUGAAAGAGUUCCAUUUCCGAGUCAGAGCGCAGGAUGGAGGCUCCCCUCCCCUCAGCAGCAACCAAAAUGUCUUCUUCAACCCCGGAUAA